GUUUACUGGAUAUCGGAAACGUUUAGUGGAGUGCAGACCAGUGUAAUACCAAUACAUGGGAUGGAUCAAGCUCUGUAAGUGGUGCCCCACACCUGGCAUGGAAUUACAUGGACUUUUUUGAGCAGGAAAUAAAUCAGGGCUCUUUUUGACUAUGGCGACUAUGGGGGAGGACUCAGGUCCCAGUGCCCCUACUGAUACCACAGGCUCCGCCUCCAGUCCACAGAGUGACGUCGUAACCAAUGAGCUGCAAGAACUGUCUCUUCAGCCCGCCCCCAACUUACUUCCUAUUCAUGAGAGGAAGAAUGUGCUCCAACUCAAACUUCAGCAGAGACGGACUCGAGAAGAACUGGUUAACCAAGGGAUCAUGCCACCACUGAAAAGUUCUGCAUCCUUUCAUGAGCAGAGACGAAGUUUAGAACGAGCUCGGACCGAGGACUACCUGAAGAGAAAGAUCCGCAGUCGUCCAGAGAGAUCAGAACUGGUCAGGAUGCACAUUCUUGAAGAGACGUCAGCAGAGCCGUCUCUUCAGGCCAAGCAGCUUCUGCUGAAACGAGCUCGACUAGCCGACGAUCUGAAUGACAAAAUCUCUCAGCGUCCCGGUCCGAUGGAGCUCAUUCACAAAAACAUCCUGCCAGUGCACAGCAGCCUCAAACAAGCCAUCAUAGAGACGGAGUUUCCAAAAGUAGAAACGGAGAACUCUUCAUUUGACGAGGAAAGCAGUGACGCGUUCUCACCAGAGCAGACACUCCACCAGGACUCUCCCCUCGGCCAAGGACACUUACCUUCCCCACCUGAGAUACUGGCCAAUGAAACGACACCAAAACAGGUCCCACCUCCUCCUCCUCCUCCACCGCUGCCAAACAUAGCUGGUCCUGCCCCUCAGCAGAAACUAGCCAAUGGAACAACAGGCCACAAGCAAGCUCCUGCACUACAAAAGGGUGGUAAAGUGGGUAGUGAGCGAGCUAUUCAGCGCUCUAAGAAGGUGAGAGAUAACAAACCCAAAGUGAAGAAGCUGAAGUAUCACCAGUAUAUUCCUCCGGACCAGAAAGCCGAGCGUGAGCCUCCACCUCUGCUCGACUCCUCCUAUGCCAAACUCCUCUAUCAACAGCAGCUCUUCCUCCAGCUGCAGAUCAUCAACCAACAGCAGCAAAACUACAACUACCACACCAUCCUGCCUGCUCCACCCAAGCCUCCUGCUGAUCAGCAGCCUGCCUCAGCCAAUGGCCUGUCACCAUCCAAAAAUGGCACGCUCCCUCAAUCAACAUCCACUAAUCUGACUGGCCAGAAUCAGCAGAUCACUGCAAUUAAAAUAGGACCUCUGCCUCCCAACCUGGAUGAGCUAAAGGUGGCAGAGCUGAAGCAGGAGUUAAAAGUGCGAGGCUUAACCGUCUCAGGCGCCAAAAAUGACCUAAUUGAACGGCUGAAGAAUUUUCACGGGCAGAAUGGUGGCACCAAUGCACCAGCAUCUACUAAAACCAACACAUCAUCAACCCCUGUAGUGGGAGGAGUCUCUUCCGCCACCCAGUCAGCAGACAGGAGCGUGGUGGUUGCUUCCUUCCCAUUUGUAGCGACUGCAGAAAGGGGUGGAGCUCAGACGACAGCGUCUCAGAUAAUGCAGUUUGGCAGCACUAGCUCCUCCCCUCCAGUUUCCCCCGCCCACUCAGAGCGCUCAUGGACUGGAAUGAGCCCAGAUGAAACAAGCUAUAAUGGGGAUGCUUUUGGGGAAAUGGUGACCUCUCCUCUUACACAGCUCUCCUUGCAACCUUCUCCUCCUAUCCCCUCCACGAUCUGCAUUAAAGAGGAGCCCGGCAGCCGGACGUUUCAGUCCUCCUGCUGUUUGGUGUCCCAGUCUGCAGCGCCCCCUAUAGACAAGGACCAGAUGCUGCAGGAGAAGGACCGGCGCAUUCAGGAGCUCACACGCAUGCUGCUGCAGAAGCAACAGCUGGUCGAAUCUCUGCGCUCGCAGCUGGAGGGCAAACAGGUGAGCCUGCCGGUCCGACUGAAAGAUGAACUUCCUGGUUUCACUAUGGAGGCGGUCAGGGCGACCAUAAAGGAAGAGGUCAUAGAGGUGAUUGAAGACAGCGAGAUGGUGACAGAGUAUUUCCCGCAGACGCAGUUGCAGCAGCAAAGGAUGGUGGCUGUAAUAGAGCUGGAGCAGGAAAGGCAACAGCAGCUCAUAAUGCAACAGAAUCAGCGCAACCUACAGCGACAAGCACAUCAGAGGAAGAGGAAGACACAAAAACAACAGCACAACCAACAAAAACAACAGUUGCCUCAAGCACUUACCAACCAGCAGUCAAGUCCUGUUUCUUCAUUCCCAGUGGAUGUACUGAACCCAAACUCCACCCCCACCAUAGUGACCGACAGCAAUGGCAACCAGUUCCUGCUAACACUGUCGAAUCAAAACACAGAGGCACCUGCCAGAAGCCGCCGCGCCCAGAGCAAAAGACUGCAGUCUGCACCCACCAUGUUACACAACCAAUCAGUGACUGAAGUGCUUAAUGGUAACAACCAAUCUGAACAGCCCAUACAAACUGUCAUUUUGAAACAGCCAAUCAAAAAGGCACUAAAGCCAGACCUAAAUGUGACGACCAAUUACAAAUCAUCAAGCUGUACAUCCAUCUCAUCAACAACCAAUAUCCAACCAUUCUUCUCUCCAGUGGAAUCCAUGAAUGACACCGAGCCCAUCCCCUCAUCUCCCAACAACAACAACGAGGAGAUGUGUUUGAAUUUGGACCAGCAUGCUUUGCUCUCUCCUUCCACCUUGUGUUCACCCAUAGCUCUUUGUCAUCAGGAGAAUGGCUGUCACCAGCAGGUUGACGACCUGUUUGAUAUCCUAAUUCAGCGUGGAGAAAUCUCUGAGAAUUUCAAAACCACUCCUGAUCCUGUUCUCGAAAGGCUUCGGCCGAACACGCCCCUUUCCUCAAGCUCCUCCCCUCUCAGUCUUUCCCGUCCUCCUGAUAUGCCCCUCAAAACUUUAAUUUUAGAACCUCAGCUUCCUUCAAUUAAAGCACACCGCAACUGUGACACAGGAGGGGGGCGUCUUGAAGAUUUCCUGGAAAGCACUACUGGCAAACCUUUGCUAGGAGUGGAGCCAGGAGGACCAACGACGCUAAUUGUUGACCUCCACAACCAAAUGCUCAGCACACCGAGUAUCCUAGACCACCCACGUUCCCCAAUGGAUACAUGUGACAUGAGUUUUUCCAGUCACUUGCCUUCAGAUCUGAUAGACUCCGCCCCUGAUCCUAUGGAUUGGAUGGAGCUCGGAAUGGGCGGGACUGGAGGGGAGGGGCCUGGGAUGGUACACAUGAAUGGACACGAGUCCUCUAGCUUAUUUUCCACAGACUUUCUGGACACUUCUGAUCUCAAUUGGUCCAGCUUAUAGUUCAUGGGAUAUUGAAAACUGCUAUAUUUUUGGAAAGGGCCUAUUGUGUGCUUCUUUUACAUAGUACGGUUUAUAUUUGUUUCCACCAGUGACAAGUAUGGAUAUUCAAAAUACUAAUUUAACUUGGAUUAUGUUUCAUUUUGACGGACUUUAUCCCUCACCUUUGCUUGCACAAACGCUCACACCCCUCAUAGCACACAUAUAUAUGACAGAGCCGUCUAUAUAUCGGUUUUAUCUGGAAGGUGUAAUUUGUUGUGCUUUUGGUCAUCUGAAACACAUUACCUAAAUAUUUCAAAUUUGGAUAUUUGAACAAGAUUUUUUUGUGUUUUUUGUUAUUUAAAAUCUGUGAAUUGCUCUUAUAUUAAUGACACUUAAAACAAGAUGCUUUCUAGAUGAUGGAGUCUUUCAAACGAUGUAUGUGUGCUUAUGGAAAUAUGCAUACAAACAAGGAAUAGACUAGACUCGCGAAAAAAGAACCCGGGUUUUGCAUCAAUUUUAGCUAAUUCAUUCACUAAGUGCAGCUUUUGAAUUAAAUUCACCUUUUAAUUUGAUUGUGCAGCAUUAAACAAAAAAAAAUCUGAUUUGUACCUGCUUUAUCAAAUAUAGCUGGUAAACUUAUGCGUUAUUCUCGUUAUUAAAAACUCAAUAGCUUUGAAAUAUACACCUGGAUUUGACUAUUUAUAGUACUGAACUAAUAUUGCUAAAACAUUUAUAACAUAAGCCAACUGGUUUUGUAACAUUUUUUUUAGCAUUGACAUUCAUUUUAGCAUAAGGGUAUUAAU